AUGUUUCUUAUUCAGUUGAAAAUUGUCUUGCUAAUACUCUUUGUCAACAGUGUGCAAUUAUGUUAUUCUUCAUGUGAUCAAGCCGUUCCAUUUAAUAGUACUUUACAACCACCGACUAAUUGUACAGCAUUAAGUAAUGCGAGUUUCGAAUGUUCUGUUAGUGUUACAUUCUCUUCUAUACAAGAUGAUCAUAUUAGAAUAUUCUAUUUCGCAUAUGGUGCCGGGCAACGGCGUUCAUCAUUUGUUGACACAGAAGUAAACUUAUGGACUGGUAUUUUGUCAAUGCAGUUUAUACCUAAAGUGGCAUCUAUUGCCGUGUCACGAAUGCGUGAUUUAUUUUCGAUCAAUAAUAGUACUUCAGAUAAAAUCAAAUGUUAUGAAGAUGAUGAUGAAAAAGUAACUAUUGAUGCAUGCCAAAGUUGUCCACUCGACACUAAUGGUACAAGUACUAUUCGUUCAUGCAAGAAUGGCAUAAAUAUAGUUGGUGCUCAAUUAUAUGAGCAAACGACAUUAGAUGAUGAACGAAAAAUUGCAUACGUUUAUGUUGAAUGCAUUGAACCACGCUGUAAUGCAAGAAAUACGACUCAAGCAGCUUUACGUAUAUUUUCCGAUACUGGAUUUGCUCAACAUUACUAUGGUUUACCAUCGCUAUCAUCACCAUCAUCAGCAAUUUUCGUAUCAUUUUCAUUUACUCCAAGUAUCAUGUUUAUGCUUGCCGUUGUGAAUGUUUUCAGGCGUGAAUUGGAUUAA